GGUCCCCGUUUGAAAGAGAGAUAUUGCGUUUGCCACCUUGCAACUGGUGACUUGCUUCGUGCAGAGGUAUCCUCUGGAUCGGAGAUAGGCAAGAAAAUCAAGGAGGUCAUUGAUGCAGGGAAGCUGGUGAGUGAUGAUCUGGUGGUGGGGAUGAUAGCGCAAAAUCUCAACAAACCGGAAUGUAAGAAUGGCUUCAUCCUUGAUGGAUUUCCUCGCACUGUUGGUCAGGCAGAGAAGCUUGAUGACAUGUUGGAGCAGAGGAAGCAGAAGCUGGAUUCUGUAAUUGAGUUCUCUAUAGACGAUAGCCUGCUGGUUCGCCGUAUCACAGGCCGUCUCUUUCACAAACCCUCUGGCCGCUCAUACCAUGAAGAGUUCUACCCCCCCAAGGUCCCAAUGACUGAUGAUAUCACUGGGGAGCCAUUGAUCCGGAGGUCGGACGACAACCCAGAAACACUGAUUAAGCGACUGGAAGCCUACCACAAGCAGACUUCUCCUCUUGUUGAUUAUUAUGCCAGAAAGG